UCCGACAGGAGACUAGCUUGUCAAAAACAAUCAAGCCUAGUAGACACAGUUAAGGAAAGCCCAGUCCAAUUCAAUCCUAAAGUUUCCACGAAUUCAUCACUUGCAUUUAUCUGUUCGCGGGAAGAUGAAAACCCAAAAGAAGAAGAUGAUGAUGAUGCUUUGAUCAAAACUGGAAUUUUAUCCUUGACAUCCUACAAGGGUGAUUAUCUUGAUAGCAUUCAUUUGCUUGCUUUAAGCAAAAGAAAAGAGCCGACUCCACUGCUUGAAUCAAAUAGAUGAUCAUAUGAAUAGGUUCCGGUUCUUGUUCACUGUGCACGUAGACCUGAAACAACUCGCCCUCUUCCUAUCCACGAUGACGUUAAUAGUGUUUGUUUCUUUUAGAGGUUAUUGCUAUUACAAUAUCAUUAAAGAGUCAAAAAUUUUGGAACCACAUGGGCCAAACUUCAGUAAGGAAUGUUACAAGUCUGGAGCAAUUUCAGAUUACUAGCUAUCAUUUCAUGGUUUACCCUAAAUCUCAUGUGCUAAAAUGGAAUGUUGAUGGUUCUUCUAUUGGGAAACCUAGACUUGCUGGUAUUGGAGGGGCUCUUCACAAUCAUAAAGGUUUGGUUCUGGGUUUUUUCUCUGCUCCUGUUGGGAUUAAAGAUUCAAAUGAAGCUGAGUUGCUAGAUUUUCUUCACAUUUGGACUCGGUGUCUUUCUCUCAUGUUCCGCGCAAUGCUCACCAUGUGGGUGAUGGUUUUGCAAAACAAGGUCUUCAAUUCUCUGAGAACUGAACCAGAGAAAUUUGAGCCAGAACACUCCGAGAUGAGAAGAUGUCCUGCUAAAAAGGGCUAGGGCGAAGCUGGAAGUAUACUGGAUAAGCUUGCUAUAUUUGUUGGGGCCGGAGGUGGUGCUUCACUAAACAACCCCUCUCUAAAGAGAGCUACCCAAACACACCUUUCUUCAAAACGUCUAAACCCUCUGGUUCUGAUACAUCGGAAGUCUAAUUGGAUGCCAACCUCUUUUAGCAAGAAGACAGAUUCUAUAGACCCUAUAUCAACCGCACUUGACAGUCCUGCUCGUGUGACCGGUGUUAAUGAUGGUUUUAUGCCUCACAAUAGUUUCAAUUCUAUCUCACCUGUUUCUUAUAAAGUAAAGACGGUGUGUCCCAAUGGAGGUGUGAAUGGUUGUAAUACUGGAGGAAUGGUUCCUACUCGUAAUUCUCUGCAAGGGGUUAGAGCUCAUCCCAACAAUGAUGGAAGCAUGAAUUUGCUUUGAUGGGAUAAAAAGCUGUCAACACAAGCAAAAAUGUGGAUGCUUGUGGCUCUUCAGAAGCAAGAAUGAGGGGCAUGCACCAAUGGCAAUAUGGAUCUUCUUAUCGCAACUCUCAGGCAAAUUAGUGCUUUCCAAAAUUGAAAUUCACAAACACCAUCAGGCUAUUUCCCUCUUACUGGAAUGUAUGCUGCCCGUCAAGAAGAGUCCAGAGGUCUGUUCUUUUCGAAAACUCAACAAUUAACCUUGGUGGAUAGGCAGGAGCUUGACCCUGAUCUGGCUCUUCAAUUGUGAGGUCAAUAUUUGUAGGGGUUCCUGUGCGUGCGGGUUAAGAGAGAGGAUGACUGCAUGGUGGGUGUAUCCCAACAGAUGUAUGACACAUGUUUUUGUCUAAAUUUCAAACGUGUACUUCCUCGUAUGCAAUAUCAAUAUCCGGCCUGAAACUAGAAAAUUUAGUUGUUUUUUCUUCAGCCUUGG